ACCUAUUAUAAGGAUGAAUGUGGAAGAGGAUCUAGUCACAAUCAAUGGUACUCUACACAGACAUGUGGGAACAGAGGCUGUAGUCACAAUCAAUGGUACUCUACACAGACAUGUGAGAACAGAGGCUGUAGUCACAAUCAAUGGUACUCUACACAGACAUCUGGGAACAGAGGCUGGUAAUAAACUGCAUGAAUGGGAUGUUUGUGCUAGAAAAAAUAGUCCCGGUAGAGACUUAAAGAGACACAUGAGAAGGGAAACUGCUGAAAAACAUCACAAAUGUGAUAUGUGUGAGAGAGAAUUUUCUAGAGAAAGUAACCUAUUAAAGAUACACAUGAAAACACAUACAGGUGAUAAACCUCAUAACUGUAGUGAAUUUGGUAAGGAGUUUAGUCAUCUUGGUAAUUUACGGGGUCACACGAGAACACAUUCAAACGAAAAAACUCAUGUCUGUGAUGUAUGUGGUAAAGGGUUUCGUCAUCUUGGUAGUUUACAGAUUCACAUGAGAACGCAUACAGGGGAUAAACAUGAUAAACCUCAUGACUGUGAUGUAUGUGGUAAAGGGUUUAGUCAGCAUGGUAGUUUACAGAUUCACAUGAGAACACAUACAGGGGAUAAACCUUAUGACUGUGGUUUAUGUGGUAAAGGGUUUAGUCAGCUUGGUCAUUUACAGAGACACAUGAGAACACAUACAGGGGAGAAACCUUAUGCCUGUGAUGUAUGUGGCAAAGGUUUUAGUCUUCUUAAUAAUUUACAGAUUCACAUGGGAACACAUACAGGGGAUAAACCUCAUAACUGUGAUGUAUGUGGUAAAGGGUUUAGUCAGCUUGGUGAUUUACAGAGACACAUAAGAACACAUAUAGGUGAUAAACCUCAUAACUGUGAUGUAUGUGGUAAAAGGUUCAGCCUGCUUGGAAAUUUACAAAGACACAUGAGAAUACAUACCGGCGAUAAACCUCAUGACUGUGAUGUAUGUGGUAAAGAGUUCAGUCGACUUGGUGAUUUACAGAGACACUUGAGAAUACAUACAGGUUAUAAACCUCAUGAAUGUGAUGUUUGUGGGAAAGGGUUUAGUGAUCUUAGUAAUUUCAAGAGACAUAUGAAAACACAUACAGGCAAAACAUGUAAACCUCACAUUUGAAAUGUUUGUGACUAAGGGUUUAAUCAAUUGAAUAGUUUAAAGGGAAGUAUGCAAUUAACCUCAUGACUGUGAUGUACAAUGUAUAUGGUACAGAGUUUGGUCAGCAUUGUAAUUUACAUAUUGACAUGAGAACACAUACAUGUUAUUAACUUCAUGACUGUGGUGUAUAUGGUACAGAGUUUGGUCAGCAUUGUAAUUUACAUAUUGACAUGAGAACACAUACAUGUUAUUAACUUCAUGACUGUGGUGUAUAUGGUACAGAGUUUGGUCAGCAUUGUAAUUUACAUAUUGACAUGAGAACACAUACAUGUUAUUAACUUCAUGACUGUGGUGUAUGUGGUAAAGGGUUUAGCUAGCUUAGUAAGCAUGCUAACACAUGAGAACACAUGAUUGUGAUGUAUGUUGCAUAUGGUUUAGUCAUAUAUUCAUGAUCUUAGUAAUUUAAGGAGACAUAUGAACAUGAUGAAAAUACAUACAAGCAAAGCAUAUAAAUUUCACAUUUGUAAUGUAUGUGGUAAAGGAUUUAACU